AAGAUUCAAUGCUUCUGGACUUUAUUUUUUAACAGAUACAGAUUUGAUGGCAACUGUUGAUUUACAAACAUUAUUACCUCACUACAUAGCAUAAGUCUAACAGGCUUUUUAGAAAAGUCCAGAUGAUCACGUGAAAAGAGCUCACUGCUGAGCUUUUGCUACUUCUUCAAUGAAGAUACGAUUCAUUGAAUGCCAACCAGUGUCGGCGUUAGCAAGCUUAUGUCCUGUGACGCACUUUCCAACCGAGAAUCCCACUCGCACCUUUCCUUUCUGAAUGUUAUUGCAGUGACCUUCAAUGUGGCGGUGACGAUGAAGAUUAUGGUUUCUGCCUGUUCGCAUGUAGAAUGCACCGUCAAUAGUUCCAGGAGAGCUGCACUCGGCUCCAUUAAAGGUGAAAUACCAGCGACUACAGCAGUUGUCACAAUAGCCAACCCUGAGGUUACCAGCAUAGUAGACAUGGAGGGAAGUGUCCGGGUAUUUCUUCACAAAGUCACAGUUCUAAACGAGAUAUAAAGAAACAAAAUAGCUUCGGUGCCUGCAGUAUGACAGUCAAUCAUUUUAGUAAAAUCAUCAUUAUCGCUGACCGCUGACCAAGGCAUUAUGACAAUCAAUCAUUUUAGUGAAAAUUACUUGCUUUGAGCUAAUAUAAUAUUUUUUAACUCGGGUAACAAAGUGACGAUCCGUACUUACAUAUAUCAGUCCUGAAUCUUUGUCGUCCCCUUUUUUCCAAGCACACUACUUCCAGUUCAUGUGUGAAGCCAGUCGUGACGUUCCACUGUCGCCUUUGUCCCCUCGCUGCCCUUUUUGUCCGGCAGAACCCUGGAUCCGAGGCUCUCCCUUUGCUCCUUUCUUUCCGUCAGUACCAGGUGGUCCCUGGGUCCCAGUUUUCCCCGGGCUACCCAGGUCUCCUUUGGCUCCAUCUCGACCAGGUGCCCCAGGGGCUCCUGGGACGCAUGUCAUGUAUGUCCACAUCCCGGUUUGUCCGCCA